AUGUCUCUGCCACCGAUAGUCAGCGUGACGCUCCAGGGCGUCGUCCUGUCGGCGACGUCCAAUCUUCUGGCCCAGGCCCUGACGUCGUUCCGUGACGAUAAACCCUUUAUCGUCGACUGGGUCCCCGUCGUGCAGUUCAUCAUCUGGACCAUCGUCAACACGCCGCCGAAUUACCUCUGGUACGUCAUGAUCGCAGCGCAAUGCUGGUGCUCCAGCCACUACGCAUUCUUCGCACCGCCUCUGACCAACAUCUCCAGGCAAGACUUUCUCGAGUCGACCUUCCCCGCCUACCACGCCGCGCCCACGACAGCCGCCGUCGAAAAGGCCGCCCGCUCCGACGACGCCGCCCUCGACCAGGCCGCCGCCCGCUCGGCCCUCGUCGAGCCCAAGCUCAACAUGCGCAACACGCUGACCAAGACGCUCCUCGAUCAGACGGCCGGCGCCGCCGUCAACACGUUCCUCUUUGCCCUCUUCAUGAACGGCCUCAAGGCCGCCAUGCGCCGGCCCGCCGGCCUCGACGACCCCGCCCAGUCGGCCGCCUUUCUCGUCUCGGGCGCCGCCGUCGACUACGCCCGUGUCGACUGGCGCGCCGUCCUCGCCCAGGCCCGCCGCGAGUUUGUGCCCAUCAUCACGGCCGGGUGGCGCCUCUGGCCCGCCGUCAGCCUCGUCAACUUUGCCUUUGUCAAGACGGUGCCCAUGCGGAACCUUGUGGGCGGCCUGGCGGGCGUGGGCUGGGGGAUCUACAUGAGCCUGUUUGCGGCCGAGUGA